AUGCCCAGCGCCAGGGCCUCGUCGUCGGCGGCGGCGGCCGCUGGCUCCAAGCUCACCAAGCUCGAGUCGGCGCUCUACCGGGCAGCUCAAUCCUCGCCCGGCGGCAUCAUCACCCAGGACCAAAUUUCAGAACAGUUCAAGCACGACUCGAUCGAUGAUCAGCUUGGUGCUAUCAAUGGGUUGCUCAAAAAGAGCCUUUUCACCGUUCAGACCCUGAACGGUCACAUCCAGUAUGCUGCCACCGCCAAAGCAGAGGCGAGCAUGAUGGGCAAGCUCGACGAAAACGAGACCCUAGUCUACUCGCACAUCAAGGAAGCGCGUAAUGAAGGUAUCUGGACCAAGCAGCUUAAAGCCAGGACGGGAUUGCACCAGACCAUCAUCAACCGAUGCCUCAAAUCGCUCGAGCAGAAGCAGCUCGUCAAGGCAGUCAAAUCGGUCAAGUAUCCAACGCGGAAAAUAUAUAUGCUCUUUGGUCUCACCCCAUCCAUCGAGCUCUCCGGUGGCCCCUGGUACACAGAUAAUGAGCUCGACACCGGCUUCAUCAAGGAGCUGUCCAUGGCCAUUCUCAACUUUAUCCGCUCCAAGUCCUUUCCAAAGAACGGUCAGUCGAGAGCCUUGUUUCCCACCAGCCAUACCUCGCAGCUCCCUUCCGCCACCUCGAUCCAUUCGUACUUGCAAAGCUCUGGUCUCACGGAAACCGAGCUCGAAGUGGAACAUGUUGUGUCUCUGCUCGACAUUCUCGUGUACGAUGAGCAGAUCGAAAAGAUCCCCGUUCUCCCCUUUUCGUUCGGCGGUAUGGGCGGAGGAAUGAACGGAUUCGAUGAAGACGACCAAGAUUACUCUGACUCUGGUCGCUCCAGGGACGGAAGCGGGUCAGACAGUGACAGUGCCAGUGGCUCCAAUAGCGAGUCGUCCACAGAAGAGACAGGAUCCGACAAUAUGCAUGCCAAGAGGAAGGUCAAGAAAGAACGCAGGGGAGACGAGGACAGUGACAAAGAGGACGAUGGACCGACCACGAGCGGCAAGCGCAAACAUUCCUCCGCCAAGUCGUCUUCUCGCAAAAAGAGCAAGUCGAACCAAUCUUCGAAACGCAGCAUGUCUAAGGAGAGAUGUAGCAGCCGGUCUCGAUCUCGAUCACGGUCACGCUCUCGAUCGCAUGCUGCCUCCUCGGACGAUGAAAUCGCAUCUGAAUCCGACGCUUCUUCGGCCUCUGCUUCCUCGUCCGACCACACACGCAGGCGUAAGAAGAAGCGCUCUAACGGAAAGCCCUCCGCGCACCCCCGCUCCAUCGCAAGCGGAGGUGACAUCGUCCCUUUCGUCUACCGGGCUGUCCGUCCUCACGCGGUCAAGGUCGGCUGGACCGAGACUCCCUGCGGCCACUGUCCCGUCUUUGAUUUUUGCGACGACACUGGUCCAGUCAAUGCCGAAACUUGUCAGUACUACGGAGGCAAGCAAGACGAGCUCGGACGCAAGUUGACAAACGGGUGGAUCGAUACCGUUGCCUAUGAUGACGAGGAGGACGAGGAGGACGACGAAGAAGGAGAAGACGAUGGCAAGGACGAGGUCGAGUGA